AUGUCUGAUGCUUUACUCUAGAUGAUUGUGGGUUAAAACAUUAACAUGGCAGAUAAGAGCCAACUCAAAAGAAAGGGAAAACAUCGGAGGGUAUGUACUGAGGGGAGUAUAAGGCAUCCUAGUAACUUGAAGCAAACGCCAGUCCCCACUAUGAAUCAGAAUAUUUAAGCUUCUGAUGCUACAGCAGAAGACAUUCAUAAACAGAGAGUAGUAUAAUUAAAAGCGAAGAGAUUGAAACUCAAGCGAGAAAUGAGGAAACUUCACGUCAAUAUGACUAAAAGUUAGGCUUUAUUAGAUUAAUAGGCUUAGCCUAAGAGUAUAAUAAAGUUUAUCAAGCCGUCAAAUAUGGAUUUUAAUGGAUUUAAAGCAAAUGGACUUGGAAGUGAUGGAAAGGGCAUACUUGAAGCACUAAGUUUCAUUAAGAAGAAAACUGAAAAAAAAUCAAGAGCUUUAAAUAUCAAUGAUAGAUUGAAUUUACUAGAUGAAAAGUAAUAACUCUUACAAUCCAAUUUUACCAUGGAAUCUCACCCACAGCUUUAAGCAUAUCAUGACUUGCCAAAUACAUAUGUAUAAAUUUAGGAUUAGUCUAAUGCUAACAUGAGAAGUAUUUCAGUUUAAAAAGGUAUUCAUAGAAAUAUUCAGUCCACUUCAAAUCUGAUAAACUUACAUCAUUCAACUCAUUCUUACUAUAAGAAGAGAACCAAAUAACCACAUCUGCUUCCAAUUAUUACCAAAAUGCUCCCGAAUACUUUUGAAAAGAGUGAGAACUAGAAAGUAGAUAUUCAAAUAAAUUAAGCUACUUAAAGUCUAUUCAUGAAUACAAAGCAAAAUGUUAUGAGUCAAUCUCCCUUUUUGUAAGCUGAAUAAGAGGAAUAAAUAGAUCACAAAAAAUCUAGAGCAUAAAUUAAUAUAAAUUUCGAGCAGGGUUUAGAUGUGUCCUUGACAUAGCAUAAUAACAGCUAGCAAAUAUCAGAUAGACUGCUGGAGUAUCGCUAUAACAUUAAUCCUAGCAUCCAGCAUAUAAAUAAAUUAGGACUGCAUUAAACUAUAGAUGCUAGAACAAUUGAUCCAUUAUAGAAGCUACAAUGGGCAGAGAAUAUGAUCUUCCACAAAUAAAGUAAAUCAAAGUCUAAUUCUAAAAAUCUACUUCCUCAACACAAUAGGUCUUCUGGUAAGAGUGCAACAGAAUCUAAGAUUGGAAACGGCAUUAAUAAUAUGUGCCUAGAAGAUGUAUAAAGUGUAGACACUUUAAAAAACAACGAUUAAAAAUCUAGUACUAGUUACAGUAAAACUUCUAAGCUUAAUGUAGGGUUUCAAAAUUUCCAAAUGAUGCGAGAUAUUCUACCAAUGAAAUUAAGUUUUUUACCUUAAUAAAUCAGCAAAAACUCAGCGAUUAUGCAAUAAAACGAGAUUAAACUUUAAAAAAACAGGAGGACACUCUUGCAGUAAUUCGUUAACAGUAGUGAUUUGAAGGAAGAUUCACUGCAGCUAAGCAAGUCCUACUACUUCCCUAAGCAGAACAAUUAGAGUCAAUUCAAUUUAAAGGAAGUCAAUAACAAGACUAGUACGGUGGUGAAUGAUAGUUCCCUUUCUUUGCAUUUAUCCAACCUAGGAUCACCUGAAGCUAAUAUCAAGUAUUUUGAUUUUAAGCCUAGGACUAUUCAAGUAGUAAAUAAUUAGUAAAGGUCUCCCGAACUUAAGACUGCAGAUAAUUUUAAAAUCAACAAGAUUAUCAAGUCUACAUUUUAGCCGCUAGGUCAUUAAAAUAUAGACCAAUCGCCUGAGGCUCAUAAACGCACAUUCACGAACAUUCCUAAGUCCUAGCAAACUUCUAAUAGAUAUAAGCAGCAGUCUGUGAAAUCAAUCUAGUACCCUAAGUAUCAGCAUCGAAAUGUGAAUUUACAAAGUCAAGCUACCUAAAAACUUAUAUCCCAAAUAAGUCACCCAUCAAGCAAGCCAGCGAGAUCAGAUGGAAAGAUUAGAAAGAGUGCAGAUCUUAAGUUGUAUCAGCUACUCCAGAAACCUAAAUCAAGUCAGAAAAAGCAGUAACAGUCAAUAAUUUAGAUACCUACUGUUUAAAGCAACGAAGAUAAUGAGAUUGAGAAAUCCAUUAACUACAGCAGUAUUGAGCCCUCUGAUUUGGAAUUGGAUGAUCAAAAGUAAGACAAAUGA